UGAUUCUGAAGCCAUGAUGAUUGUGUCUCUGAUAGAAUGAACGCAAGAGGCAUACAUACAUCAAAUGCAUGAAUGAAAAUAAUAGCGUGAUGGUUUGAAAGAUGGCAGUAGCUUCGAACUGAUAACUUGCCCUGAUCGAGGAUUAUGCUCAUCACUCCAGUCCAAAAUGGCGGAAGACGGCCAGGUCCACCGAGUACAGCGUAGAGGAGCGCUUAGACAGAAAAAUGUACACGAAAUUAAGGAUCAUAAGUUUACUGCAAGGUUCUUCAAACAACCAACAUUCUGCAGUCAUUGCAAGGAUUUCAUCUGGGGAUUUGGAAAGCAGGGAUUCCAGUGCAAAGUCUGUGCCUUCGUUGUGCACAAACGUUGCCAUGAGUUUGUCACGUUCCAGUGCCCUGGUUCUGAUACAGGACCUGAUUCUGAUUCAACUGCGACUCACAGGUUUAAAGUUCAUUCCUAUACAAGUCCCACGUUCUGUGAUCACUGUGGCUCCUUGCUAUAUGGCAUCAUCCACCAAGGCCUCAAAUGUGGCUCAUGUGACAUGAAUGUACAUAGGAGAUGUCAGUCAAAUGUGCCAAAACUCUGUGGAAUUGACCAUACUGAAAGAAGAGGAAGAGUUGAACUUAAAGCUCGUAUUGAAGGAAGUGUAAUAUAUGUCGAAGUUUCAGAAGCUAGGAAUCUUUGUCCUAUGGACCCUAAUGGUUUAGCUGACCCAUAUUGCAAAGUUAAACUAAUACCAGAUGAUGACAAAAAACUCAAAGUGAAAACACGUACGAUAAAAGCCACAUUAAAUCCUAUAUGGAAGGAGACGUUCCAGAUGAAAAUCCAAGAACCUGAUUUCUCUAAACGACUCUCUAUAGAAGUAUGGGAUUGGGAUAGGACUUCUCGUAAUGAUUUUAUGGGGUCAUUAUCCUUUGGGAUAUCAGAACUUGCAAAAGAUCCCGCAGAGGGGUGGUACAAACUACUCAAUCAAGAAGAGGGAGAAUUUUACAGUUUGCCAUGUCCAGAAGAAGUUGGACCAAAUGUUGCAGAUCUUCGUGAAAAAUUUGAAAUGCAGAACAUUAUGGACCAGAAGGCCAAGGAUGCCAGGAUGAACUUGGCAGGUGUGGCACACGGAGACGUCAUCAGAGCUAGUGAUUUUAACUUCCUCAUGGUCCUUGGCAAGGGCAGCUUUGGAAAAGUGAUGUUAGCAGAGAGAAAGGGCACUGAUGAACUUUAUGCUAUAAAGAUCCUCAAGAAAGAUGUUAUCAUACAAGAUGAUGAUAUAGAAUGCACCAUGAUAGAGAAGAGGGUCUUAGCAUUGCAGAACAAACCACCUUUCCUAGUUGCCUUGCAUUCUUGUUUUCAAACCAUGGACCGUUUGUACUUUGUGAUGGAGUAUGUCAAUGGUGGAGAUCUCAUGUACAGAAUUCAACAGGAGGGAAAGUUUAAGGAACCAGUUGCAGUAUUUUAUGCUGCAGAGAUUGCUAUAGGACUCAUGUAUCUCCAUAGCAAGGGCAUUAUAUACAGAGAUUUGAAGCUAGAUAAUGUUAUGCUAGAUGCAGAAGGACAUAUAAAGAUAGCAGAUUUCGGAAUGUGUAAAGAAAACAUAUUUGAUGACAAAACAACUAGAACAUUUUGUGGCACCCCAGACUACAUAGCACCUGAAAUAGUAUUAUAUCAACCAUAUGGCAAGUCAGUAGAUUGGUGGGCAUUUGGAGUGCUACUCUAUGAAAUGUUAGCAGGACAGCCUCCUUUUGACGGAGAAGAUGAGGAGGAACUGUUCACAUCAAUCACGGACCACAAUGUCUCGUACCCCAAAGCCAUGUCUCGAGAAGCUGUCUCCAUUUGUAAAGGGUUCUUGAUGAAAAACCCCCAAAAGAGACUUGGCUGUACGACCCAGGGAGAGAGGGACGUCAAGGAUCAUGCAUUUUUCCGCCGUAUAGACUGGUUGAAAGUCAUCAACAGAGAGGUGCAACCACCAUACAAGCCAAAAAUAAGAGAUAACCGAAAAGCUGAGAAUUUUGAUCGAAUGUUUACGAAGGCGGCUGUGAAGCUUACCCCUGUGGAUGAAAUGGUUUUAAUGAAUGCUGAGGGAGCCCUAUUUAGAGGCUUCUCCUACGUGAACCCCUUCUACUCUCUCUCCAGUACAAUGUAGUUUCACACUGAUAUCGUCACUCAGUCAUAGUACAGUAAAAACCGCAAGGAUGUUAGUAAUUUUGACCGCGAGUUUACCAGUGAGAAACCUAUGCUAACACCUACUGAUAAACUAUUUAUCAUGAACCUGGACCAAACUGAAUUUUCCGGAUUCUCAUUCGUAAAUCCAGAAUAUAUUGUGACUGUGUGAAGAUAGAUGGAGCUACCAGAAUAUAGAUGGUGUUGCUAGAAUGUAAUAGAUGGAGUAACUAGUCAUACAUGAUCGCUGCUGUACAUCCAAGAUGGCUGCUAUUGGAUAAGUGUUUCAGUGGUGAAGCUAUUGUCAGUCUGACAACAGAGCAUAUUCAAGAUACAGUGUGUAUUAAAGUACCUCAUAAAACAAUUUUUAAAGCCACUUUGUUGCAUUAAAACAUUAAUGAAGAUAAUUCAGAAGAAACAUCCAAAAGAAAACAAAUUCAAGUUUUACACUUUUGCUGUUACUUAUUUCUUCAAUAUUAAGCAUAUUUUCUGUAUGUUUUAAUUAAUAUUAAAUUGCUUGAAUAUUUUUUUCCUGUAGUCGAGUUGCCAUAAUUAAUCAUUUGAUAUCACCAUGACUACGUAUCUAUAAUCAAAAAGUGCAUAUAUUUAAGUGCAAUACAGAAAAGCAGUUUAUUUCACAAAUAUACAAAGUAUGCCUAAUAUCAUCCUCCCAUCACAGGGCUUCAAAAUCCAGAAUAUUUCUUUUUUCUUUUUACCCCCUGAUAAGCAGUUAGCAUUUCCCCGAUUAAGAACUCACAAUCUGAAUGGCUGUCGCAACACUGGUACAAAAAUCAUGUAUAAGUCAUUGCGCAUAAUUAGAUCAUGUGAUUCAGUUUAAUCGGGCGCUUCCAAAUUG